CAUCCACAGCUGCCCCAGCAACCGGCAUGACCAUUAUGGGUCCUAUGUGCGACCAUUGCCAGACGCAGAGUACACCACUUUGGAGGACAAGGAGGGUUACGGGGGAGGUAUUGUGUAACGCUUGUUCGCAAUAUGAAAUAACGCAUGAGGGCGCCCACAGACCAGCAGAACUCUGCCAGAGAGGCCAGAAGAGGCGAUCGAGGAAGAGUGUCAGUGGAACCGCUCGCGCUAGCUUGGAUGGCAACACGAUCGUCAGUGCAAGUGCCAGUGCAAGAACCAGUAUAGACGGAACUACAGCUCGGUCCUCGCCUGAAGACGUGCGAAGUAUGAGCGUAUCCACUCUCACCCCUACCACUAGCGUUGCCAGCACCGGCAUCUCUGCUUAUCCAACUGAAGGAAAUCGCACGCCCGCUCGCGUUCGGUCGAGGAAACGUCCAAGGGCUCAGGAAGAAGCCACUAUGGUCAAGCGAGCCAAGGAGAAGGCGGAAGAUGUAUUCAUCAAGCUGGAGCUUGAGACUGGGACUGGGACCAUGGUCGGGCUUCCUCCGAUAAGCAGGGAGAUAGGCUUAAGGAAGCGAGCGGAGUGGAAAGGCUUGGAUAUGCUAGGCUACGCACCCACUGGAAUGCCGGAUCUCCAACAAGAUGAACCGCCAGAGCCGGAACGGAAACGCAAAAAGAGCACGUUCCACGUUUCCAGGAAUAAGCAGUUCAUUAUGCCCAAGGCCGCGUUCGGGUUCCUCGGAACACCGUACUCGUCUUCAUCAAAGUUACCUACCUGGCUCGAAUUGGUAUUCUCUAAAGCGGAUGUAAGCCCUUUGGAUACCGCAUACCGGAUAUGGCCACAAGAAGCCACCCAAGACUCGAGAGAGGCCGUAGAUUUGCUCACCUCUUCCUCGCAUACGACACGCAUGCUUUCCUCCGGCUCCCCCCACCUACUCGAUGCGCCGCCCAGUCCGACCUGGAGCAUCUCCACAAUACACGGAACUGACACCGAGAAGAUGGAGGGCAGGUGCUUGCUGGACACAGAGAGAGCCACCGGGGAUGUGGCGCGAGCAAGGGGAGAUAAGCGCUUGGGUCGAGGAGGUCAGGAGGGCGGAGAUGGAAGAUCUGAGCGUUCCUAAUCUAGUAAGGAAGAGGAGGGUGACAUUGGCAUGACCCUGGUAAGAGCUUCACUGGAAUGUUGCUCUUUAAACGGAUUCUAUGGGAGAUGAGUCAACACACUAUUGUUCGGUUCUUUUGAUCUUUCGAGUACUGUUCUCCGCAUCUUGUCAGACUAGCCUGUACGGUGCGUGCACCAGACAGUCUAUCAUCCUCUGUUCGUCUUUGCUUUUUCC